AUGGAUAAAGUAAGGACCACAGAAAGGAGCGAGGAGGUUUUUGGCUCUUUCAAUCUAAUCGAAACUCUCGAAGGUGUAAGGAUUCCCAUCAGUCGCUAUAAUCGAGGCCAGAAAAUCGUGGAAUGGCUAUUUUAUGCUAAAAAUCGUCUUUUACAUCCGGGCGUUAAGAAACCAGUGAAGGAGCUAGUAAAUGCCCUCUCUGACGACGCUCGUACUUACGCUAUAGCGGCCGGAUUAGAUGUCAGCGCCAGUUUCGACACCGUCUUUGUCAAGCUAAUCGAAAUAUUUCGAUUUGAGGGACGAAAUCCUACCGUAUGGAAUCUUUUCUCUAAACGUCUCGACAACACUGUCUCUGCCAAAGAUCUGGCUGCGGAAAUUUAUAGUAUGACAGUGGAGAUAUUUAAUCGAAGUGAUAAGGAGACACUCAUUCAGGAAACGGCUCUGGAGGCAUUUAUAAAUGCACUAGGACAUAAUUUAGCCAAAAUUAUGCUUCGUCAACGUCCUUCCAAUAUUCAUCAAGCCCUAGAGAUGUUGCCGAAAGCGAGGGAGAUUCUAGCUGCCCAAACAGCAUCUCGCGUUCCACAUCCACCCAAGCGAUUUCUCUCCUCCAAAUUGUAUGAAUAUUUGCAGAAGAGGGGAAAACCCCGACACGUUACUCUGAGAAAGGUCAUAGAGUACGGAGUUCUGGAACUAGGCUUACAGUUAGUACAUGGAAAUGGGAGACUGGAGGCAAAGGUGGCACCAUGGGUUAUCUCCCUGCCACCGAUGGAAAGGCAGAAUCUUCACCGUCUAGCUAUAGUUUUUAAUAAAACAAUUGCUCUUCUCAGGUGCCUCAAAGUUGGCGAUGUAUUUGUGGUAUCGAAGCCUAGAUUGACAAUUUUAUGGCCUUCAGAACCUACUCCGGAGGAGAUACUUGAAGAAUACAUGCUUGAAGCUAUUAGAAGACGGAAGAGUGGGUGGUUUGAAGGUUUCUGGUGCGAAAGCUAUACGUUAGUUAUUGUAAAUACAUCAGAUAUUAUUUCUGAAAAUAACAUCUUCGUGUGUAAUAUGAAGGAGGGUGGUGUUUGCUUUAAUAAUCUCUCUGACUGCGUGGAGCCUUCGGAUUGGGCCAUUAAUAGGGGAUAG